UCUUCGUUCCAAAAUUGAAGAGGAGAUUAUUUCCCCAGCUUCUCUCCGCUCUCUGCAUCGUCUCCAGUCCGCCAGCCUCCGACUCCGACGAUCUUGGGGUUCUUAGUAGGCGUUCUCAGUUCGCCAGCCAUCGACUUCGAUGACAGUCGGCGUUCUCAGGUUGCCAGCCUCGUACUUUGACGAUCUUGGCCAUUCUCAGCUUCACCUUCGAUCACCGACGGGUCUGCUCACUCUCGGGUCUCUCUCCCUAACGCCGACGGUCUGCGACUCCCUCUCGGCUCUCUCUCCAAACGGUCGACGACACCCUCUUGGCUACGAGUUGCUCUCUCUGCCGAAACACAGUGAUCUCUCUUGCAACUACCUCAAUGGAUCAAUCCCCCCAAGCCUUUCUCGUGCACCCCUGCGCAUUCUGAGUGUACUGGGAAACCGACUCAGUGGUUCCAUUCCACCAGAGAUUGGUAACAUUAGAACGCUCAGGGAGCUAAAUUGAAGGAGUAUCUAUUGGAAAUUUGGUCACUAGAGUAUUUAUAAUUUUGUGGCAUCAAGGUAUUUAUUUUUUAAUUAUGUUAUUAUUUUAAUUAAUAUGUGAAUGUGUGUACAAAGUAAGAUGUGUUUAGUGAUAUAUUUAUAUAUGUGUAUAAAAUUGUAGCAUGUUUUAGUAUUUAAAUUUGAUUAAUAAUAUGUAUAUUGUGAAUGUUCUGGGAAUUUUCUGAGUGUUUUUUGUAGGGUUUUAAAUUUUUGGGAUAUGUUAUAAUAGAAAUGUUAUGCUGCCGAAAUUUUG